AAGAGGGCAGGUGCUGCUGUGUGAUCAAUACAUUUGUAUCUGAUCUCAUGCAGGACUUAGAUUAAUUUACAGAAAAGAGAGGAUAUUCUUUAUUAAGGUGGGAAUGAUUUGGAACUUUCAUUAAUUCACCACUUGGGUUUGGAUGAGUCUGAACUUUAAACUUUCCCAGAGAGGAAGUGUUAGUCCUGAACUUCCGUGUGCUCCACUCGGGAUCGAAGGGACAGACUGUCCGCUUCUCCCCUGCUUUCGGAGCUCGUUCCCAGGCGUCAUGGCGGCUCAGACCCGAGCUUUGGUGUCCGGCCAGUGGCUGGCAGAGGCCGUCCGGUGCAACCUCGUCGGUCCCAAGCUCCGCAUCCUGGACACGUCGUGGUAUAUGGCCAGGCUGAAGAGGGAUGCGAAGGCUGAGUUUGCACAGAGGCACAUUCCGGGCUCCUUGUUUUUUGACAUAGAGGAGUGCUGCAGCCGGGGCACUGCGUUCGAACACAUGCUACCGACCUCCAGCCACUUCUCCAAGUAUGUGGGCGACCUGGGCAUCGGCAACGACACGCACGUAGUCGUGUACGACUGCAGCGACGUCGGGUCGUACGUCGCACCCCGGGUGUGGUGGAUGUUCCGGAUGUUCGGACACAGCCGGGUGUCGGUGCUGGACGGCGGCUGGAAGAACUGGCUGCAGGACGGUCACCCGGUCACAGCGGAGAGGUGCGUCCCGGAGAGCACGGAGUUCAGGGCCGCUGCCAAUCUGUCCUGGGUGAAGAGCUACGAGGACGUGCUGGAGAACGUGGGCACCAGGCAGGUGCAGGUGGUGGACUCCCGGCCUGUAGGCAGGUUCAGGGGCACUGAGCCGGAGACCAGGGAUGAUACGCUGCCCGGCCAUUUCCCUGGUACGAUCAACUUGCCCUUCACUUCUUUCUUGGACGCCAACGGGAAGGAGCUGGAAACCGAGGGCCUGUCCAAAGUGUUCAGAGAGGCAGGGGUGGACCUGGAGCAGCCGCUGUGGGUAACCUGUAGUAGGGGUGUCACCGCAUGUCAGGUUGUCCUGGCUGCUCACCUGCUGGGCCACCCCGGGGCCUGUGUUUACGACGGCUCCUGGACUGAAUGGUUCAAGAGGGCAAGUCCAGAGCUGAUCAUCUCAGAGGGAGAAGGAAAGAAGGUCUGAACAAACCACAUCGGACAGGCAGCUGUUUGUCUGCUGCGACAGAUCAAGACCACUAGCUUGUUAUAAAAUCUACUAGCUAACAUAGGCAGUAAGGGUUUUGUCAGCUGAUAGAAUUGAUUGAUGAAAAUCUCCUUGCAUAAUUUAGAAUAAUCUACCACUAUCCUGAAAUAGUCUGUAAUUGUUUGUUGAAUAGUUGAAGAUGUUUUUGAUCGAUCUCUUCAAUAAUCUUUCAAGACAGGAGAGGACUGACUUGAAAAAUAUGCACUUUCUUUAUAGAAUCAUAGAUUGAUGUUGUAUUCUUAUCACAAUAAAUGGUUGCCUGAG